AGAAUAUUGGAUUGUUAGAGCAAAGAACUUGGUAAAGGCACAGAUUCAUAAAUGCUUAAUAGGUGCAAGGCAGAAUGCCUCAAACAAGCAGCAAAUUAUGGGUGAUUUGCCAAAGGUUCGAGUUACACAAGCCAGAGCCUUCCUACACAGUGGAGUUGAUUUUGCCGGACCACUUCACAUAUUGAUGUCGAAAGGAAGAGGAGCGAAGACACAAAAGGCGUACAUCGCCGUAUUUGUUUGCCUAGCCACGAAGGCUAUCCAUUUAGAGCUAGCAGGUGAUCUAACUACUGACAGCUUUAUUGGUGCCUACCGUAGAUUCCAGGCUCGUCGAGGUAAAUGUAGCCAUUUGUGGAGUGAUAAUGGUAAAAACUUCGUCGGCGCAAAUACAGAACUCGCUAAUGCAUUUAGAGAAGCUAGCCUCGAGAUACCUGGGCAAAUGGAGAAUCUACUGGCAAAUGACGGAACCCAAUGGCACUUCAUACCUCCAUACAGCCCAAAUUUUGGAGGACUUUGGGAAGCAGGAGUUAAAUCCGUCAAAAGUCACCUGAAGAGAAUACUGACCUACAACCUAACAUUCGAGGAGAUGACAACAGUGCUAUGCCAGAUAGAAGCAUGCCUGAACUCUCGGCCGCUAAGCCCGAUUGAUAGCAAUGACACUGACAACUUGGAUCCGCUUACUCCAGGACAUUUCUUAAUCGGAGAAGCACCAGUCACCAUACCUAGUCCUGACCUUAAAGACGUUAAUAUACAUAGACUGUCUCGUUGGCAACAUUGUCAAAAACUACUUCAUGAUUUUUGGUCACGUUGGCAACAUGAAUAUCUGUCACGGCUUCAGCAGCGACCAAAGUGGCAGAGACAUAUAAAGGAGUUCGAGGUUGGAGACAUAGUACUUCUGAAAGAAGACAACCUUCCUCCAGGAAAAUGGUGCAUGGGACGUGUCGUCAGCAAGCAUCCUGGACCCGACUCGAUUUCGCGUGUGUACAGUGUUAAGUGCCGUGAAAACAUAGUGAAAAGGUCGAUUUCAAAGUUAUGUGCAUUGCCUAUUGAUACGAAUUAGUGAUUGAACUGAUAAAUGAUAAUCAGCAUGAACAUUUACUUACAUUUAUUAGUUUUGUAUAAUAAGUUACGUUGCAUUAUUUAGUAUCUAUUGUUAAAUUUCUAAGCUAUGAGUUUACUAAUGUUGUCUCAAAUAAUAUUAUGUUAAUCUCUAGCCAAAAUAUUAAUUGUUCUAAAUUUACUAUAAAUAAUUAAGCUUUCUAUCAAAAUGUGAAACGAUUACUGCAUUGUUUGUAAUUUGACUCAAGUUAAGAUUAGUUUCGUUUUUACAUUUCUUGAGAUAGUUUGCAAUUGUAUAAUGUUUAGAAGAUUGGGAACUUAUCUCUUUUUGUUAAUUAUUUAUGUUUAUAUGUUAUAAAGGCCUUGUAGUCCUUGUGGGGGGGUAUGUUGUAUUAUCCUAGCUAUAGUUUGAUCGUAGCGCUCGCAUACCUGUGUACAUCAUUCUAACAGUCUUCAAAUAAAAUUGUACCAAUCAA